AUGUCUUCAUCCUCCAUCCACGCCGAUCCACCGCCGCCGAUUGUCACCGAGCCGUCUGGAAUCAACUAUGCCACUGGAUCUGCGUUGGGCAAGGGAGGCUUCGCGAUAUGUCACAAGGCCGAGAGAUAUGACGGGAGCCGACCGACGGGGCAGAUUGUGGCCCUCAAGAUUGUCAAGACGAAGAUGGAGCCUGCGAAGCUCGCACAGAAGUUCGUGACAGAACUACAAAUACACAGCAAACUGUCGCAUCCGAACAUCGUCACCUUCUACCGAGCAUUCUCCUUCCAGACCAGCACGUACGUCGUGCUCGAGAUAUGCCCCAAUGGCUCUCUUGCAGACAUGCUGAAGAAGAGGCGACAUCUUACACUACCCGAGAUUCGACGACUGGUAAUCCAAGUAUGCGGAGCUGUCAAGUACCUACAUCACCGACAUAUCGUGCAUCGCGACCUGAAGACAGGAAACCUGUUUCUGGACAAGGAUAUGAACGUCAAGGUUGGUGACUUUGGCUUGGCAGCACUGCUCGUAACAGAAAAGGAGAUGGAGGUGAGAAGACGGACGACCAUGUGUGGAACACCAAACUACCUGGCACCGGAGAUUCUGGAGAAGGGCAAAGGACAUGAUGAGAAGGUGGAUCUGUGGGCGAUUGGUGUCAUCGCAUACACCCUGGCAGUCGGCAAAGCACCAUUUCAUGCCAGCACAAAAGAUGAGAUCUACAAGAAGCUCAAGUCGGGAACGUACACAUGGCCAGAGUUGAACGCGACGAGCAACCAAAGUGCAGACCUGCGAGAUCUUGUCUCGAGUUUGCUUGUUCCAGAAGAGCAACGACCCAUUCCUGACAAGAUUGUCACACACCAGUUCUUCCGCAUUGCAUACGUGCCAGCGAGCAUCCCAGUCACGGCGAAAGAGAAGACUCCGGUGUGGCCCGAAGUAGCAGUGCCAUCUGCUGAAACGAUCCGACGAGGAUACAGCGAGACUUGGUACAGCCUGUGCAAGGAGUCGGGGGUAGGGGAGCCAGAGCAGGACAAGCCCUUCCCACUCAAUGGCGGUCGAAGAGUGCGAAGUAUAGUUUACGACAUGACCAAGGAAGCACAACAAGGGAGGACGCCAACCAUGCCCAUCCCAAGCGAUGUUGUGUACACCUCGACUGUCAGCGACUUCAACAGCUCUCGAAGCUCAUCACCAGAGGAACCAGAUUUGGCACAAUCGACCCGUGGGCUGAAGGAGAUCUCUCAUAACGAGGUUGCAGCAUCUCGCGGUCGCCUUGCACGGACAGACUCCACCAAGGCCGCGAGAGAAGCUGAAAUGAUGCCACCACCACGAGCACCUUCGAGGGUGGCAAGGUCAAACACGGUACGCAAAGCUGCCCGUACCAUCAGUGAAGAAGCUGCUAAGUCUUCCGAGUCCGUCAAGGUGGCAUCGGAUCCUGCUGCUGCGGCGUCGUCAUCGCAAACACUGAAGGUGACGAGAGUAAGACCCGCGCAUACCAGGACCGAGUCUGCCUCUGCGGCGACGAAAGCCUUGAAAGAAACGAACGCAUCGACAACAACCACAUAUCGCACCGCACGAACAGAACAGCCAUCAUCAGAAGGUUCAGAUCCAGAGAAACCGCAGCGAAGUGGUACUGUCAAGCGCUCAGCUGAUGCAAGCUUGGCUCGACGACCGCGAGGGACGAGGACGAUGAAGGAGCGACCGACAUCGCCUGUUGAUGUGCUCGCUGCACCCACACAGCCGAUUGCUGCACGGCUCGCAAAAGAUCGUGCGCAAUCACCACCUGAAGUGACCGGUCCGUUGGCCACAUUGGAUGAUCUAAAGCAGGCUCUACCGACCAGACAUCGAAAGCAGCCUUCAAAAGCAGAAGUCAUUGAGAUCUUGUCCGACCCAGAACCCGAAGACAAAAUUGAAACCAACAACCUGCAUUUGUCUCGACCACCGCCCAUGGCGAAGCGAUUGCCCGUGCCGCAGAAGUCCGUCUCUCCAGAGAUCAACCCAGCAAUACCUGGAAGCGACCCAUCAACAGUCUUGGAGAAGCUCACGGUCUUGCGCGACAACCUAGCAUCUGCCCUCAACAAGCCAACAUCGACCAGAAGGCCAUCACUACAACGAGACAUCGAAGCUGCUUCCAACCUGCCAUUCGUGUCAAGAUGGGUCGACUACAGCCGCAAACACGGCAUAGGCUACGUCCUAUCCGACGGCACAGUAGGCUGCAUCAUCAACGCAACAUCCAAACCCAACCAGCCCCCCACCCCCGUCUCCCACGUCCUAGUCCGCAACGGCCAAAAGUGGCUACAACGAGUGUCAACAAAAUCAAAAGACUUCGCCGGCAUCGAACAAGUCCCACUCGAAUUCUUCGAAGACCGCGGCGACGAAGGCAUCGAGCGCAAAAUCUACAAAGGUCUCGGCAGCGUCAACGGCGACAGCGAAAGGAAACGAACUCUUAGCGUCCUGUGGGUGAAAUUUGGUCGAUACAUGUGUCAAUCCCUCGAUGGCGAAGAGAACGAAGGUUCUACUAAGGGUGAGAACUUUGUGCGUUUCUACCAACGGAUUGGGAGUGUGGGAGUCUGGGCUUUUGCAGAUGGAUGUUUGCAGGUCCAUUUCCCGGAUCAUACGAAAUUGGUCUUGUCAGCGGACGGGAAGAUCAUCAGCUCGACGUUGCUGACGGUGGAGGCAACGCAACAUCUCAACAGCAGUGGGGAGCUGUUGCCGCAGCAUGUCAACUCCCGGCAAGUCUUCGCGGACAGCAUUGAAUCACUGCUAUUCAGCAGUAACAGGAUCCGACAGCGAACUGUUAAGGCGAAUCAGCUUAGCGAUAAGCUGAAGUUCGUGCUUGAGGUCGUCGAUCAGUGGGUUUCUGGCAGUGGGCUAGGUCAUCUUGACGAGGACGAGGGUGCAGAGAGGCUCUACUGGGAGGGUCUUUGCGUGAGAGAUCAGAACCAGAGGAAGGUGGAUAGAGUCACUGUAGGCAGAUUUGGCGGUGAUGCUGUCCCCAGUGCUGCUACAUAA